CACCUCCCCGAGGUCUGCAGCCCGAGGAGCAAGAAGGGGGAUCUGCUGAACGCGCACUACGACGGUUUCCUGGCCAGCGACGGAUCCAAGUUUUACUGCAGUCGGACGCAAAAUGAAGGUCAUCCAAAAUGGUUCGUUCUGGGUGUUGGACAAGUCAUAAAAGGGUUAGAUAUUGCUAUGAUGAAUAUGUGUCCUGGAGAAAAACGGAAAGUGAUCAUUCCUCCGUCAUUAGCAUAUGGACAGCAAGGAUACGCACAGGGCAAGAUUCCACCCAAUGCAACGCUGAUCUUUGAGAUUGAACUUUAUGCAGUAAAUAAGGGACCUCGCAGUGUUGAAGCAUUUCAUCAAAUAGACAAGGACAGUGACAAGAAACUCUCUGAACUUGAGAUAAGCCAGUAUUUGAAAGAAGAAUUUGCAAGAGAUGGCAAAAAACGUCAUCCCUCAGUCCAUGAUGAAAUCUUAGCUGAUAUAUUUAAGAAGAAUGACCAUGAUGGAGAUGGUUUCAUAUCAGCAAAGGAGUACAAUGUCUACCAGCAUGAUGAACUCUAAAUCGAACAUCUUCGGCUGUUUUCUGGACACUGAAUUUUAAAUAAUAAUACUUUGUCACAGAAUUUUUUGUAUUUUUUUUAUAAUGGAGUCUUUUUAUAUCUCUUGACUGUAAAAAUCUUAUUUUUAACAUUCAACUAAUA